AUGGCGGACGCCGACAAGCCCGAGGUGCCGGCCGCGGCCGCCGGGGAGCACACCCCGCAUCCUCCUCCUCCUCCUCCUCCUCCUCCUCCUCAGCCCGCCGAGCCGCCGGGCGAGCCGCGGCGGGAAGCGCAGCCCCCGGAGCCCGAGAAGCCGGCGCCGCCGCACAGCAGCAGCUCCAACGGCGUCAAAAUGGAAAAUGAUGAAUCCGUGAAGGAAGAGAAAUCUGAUUUAAAAGAAAAAUCUACUGGAAAUAAGAAGGCCAAUCGAUUUCACCCUUAUUCAAAAGACAAGAAUUUGGGCAGUGGAGAAAAGAAGGGUCCAAAUCGAAACAGAGUUUUCAUUAGCAACAUUCCUUAUGACAUGAAAUGGCAAGCUAUUAAAGAUCUGAUGCGAGAAAAAGUUGGUGAGGUUACAUACGUGGAGCUCUUUAAGGAUGCGGAAGGAAAAUCAAGGGGUUGUGGUGUGGUUGAAUUCAAAGAUGAAGAAUUUGUAAAGAAAGCACUAGAAACUAUGAACAAAUAUGACCUUAGUGGAAGACCUCUGAAUAUUAAAGAGGAUCCUGAUGGAGAAAACGCCCGUAGAGCAUUGCAACGAACAGGAGGGUCAUUUCCAGGAGGACACGUCCCAGACAUGGGAUCAGGGUUGAUGAAUUUGCCACCUUCAAUUCUCAAUAAUCCAAACAUUCCGCCUGAGGUUAUCAGUAAUUUGCAAGCUGGUAGACUUGGUUCUACAAUUUUUGUUGCUAAUCUUGACUUCAAAGUUGGUUGGAAAAAGCUAAAGGAAGUGUUCAGCAUAGCUGGAACUGUAAAGCGAGCAGACAUUAAAGAAGACAAGGAUGGCAAGAGCAGAGGGAUGGGCACUGUGACUUUUGAGCAAGCAAUUGAAGCAGUUCAAGCAAUUUCAAUGUUCAAUGGACAGUUUUUAUUUGAUAGACCUAUGCAUGUGAAAAUGGACGACAAGUCUGUUCCUCAUGAAGACUACCGUUCACAUGAUAGUAAAACACCACAGUUACCACGUGGUCUUGGAGGCAUUGGAAUGGGACUUGGUCCAGGAGGACAGCCUAUAAGUGCUAGCCAGUUGAACAUUGGAGGCGUAAUGGGAAAUCUAGGUCCAAGUGGUAUGGGAAUGGAUGGUCCAGGGUUUGGAGGAAUGAAUAGAAUUGGAGGAGGAAUUGGGUUUGGUGGUCUGGAAGCAAUGAAUAGCAUGGGAGGAUUUGGUGGAGUUGGUCGAGUGGGAGAGUUAUACCGUGGUGCGAUGACUAGUAGCAUGGAGCGAGACUUUGGGCGUGGUGAUGUUGGAAUAAACCGAGGCUUUGGCGAUUCCUUUGGUAGACUUGGCAGUGCAAUGAUUGGAGGGUUUGCAGGAAGAAUAGGAGCUUCUAACAUGGGUCCAGUAGGAUCUGGAAUAAGUGGUGGGAUGGGUGCCAUGAGCAGUGUGACUGGAGGAAUGGGGAUGGCACUGGACCGCGUGAGUUCCAGCUUCGAUAGAAUGGGACCAGGUAUAGGUGCCAUCCUGGAAAGGAGCAUCGAUAUGGAUCGAGGAUUUUUAUCGGGUCCAAUGGGAAGUGGAAUGAGAGACAGAAUAGGCUCCAAAGGCAACCAGAUAUUUGUCAGAAAUCUGCCUUUUGACUUGACUUGGCAGAAACUUAAAGAGAAAUUCAGUCAGUGCGGUCAUGUAAUGUUUGCAGAAAUAAAAAUGGAGAAUGGAAAGUCAAAAGGCUGUGGGACAGUCAGAUUUGACUCCCCAGAAUCAGCUGAAAAAGCCUGCAGAAUAAUGAAUGGCAUAAAAAUCAGUGGCAGAGAAAUUGAUGUUCGCUUGGAUCGUAACGCAUAAUUUCAAACCACGGUUGGAACAUUCCUUCAUCUGUUUUGCUGAAUCUCAUAGUAAAAGUCUUUUUUUUUUUUUAAAGUAAUAUUGUAUGCUUACAAAAGCUGUAAUAAUGAACUUUUGAAUAUCCCACCAGCUUUCAGCAGUAUAAUGUUAAAAAUAUACUGUGAUUUUUGUUAAUCUCAAGUUUGGGUUUCUAAAAGACAGCAAGUCUGCUCAUUCAGUUUAAAUGAAUGGUUGUACUGUUUUUAAUGAAAUAAGCUAUUUCUUGUUGUUUUCAGUAUGACAUCAUAGUAGGAUUUGUUUGUUGUCAUUUUCCCAGCUUUUAUCAGCUUCCUUUUAGGUAAAUGGCAGAUGAUUUUUUUUUUCAAAACUUGUGUUAGAAUAUUUAAUUGUCCAUGAAAAAGGGUUCAGACAAAUUAGGAUGUGAUUUUGGUUGGUUUUAAGUUGUUUUUCUUUGAUGAUAAAUAAUUACUGUAUGUUAAGUUUUGCAUUCUAAA